UUUUUUUCCUUUCUCGGUCACUCUGAUAUAAUUUUGUAUUUAAUUUCGCAUUCGUGAGAUUUUUUUGGGGGUAUUUAGUUGGGAAAAAUGGAUUUACAGAGAAGUGUAAUCGUUGUGCUUCUGGUUAUGGCGGUAAGCUUGAAGCUUGGUUCAGCUGGAGACAUAGUUCACCAUGAUAAUAUUGCCCCGAAAAGACCUGGCUGUGAUAACAACUUCGUUCUGGUAAAGGUCCCUACUUGGGUUAAUGGCCUAGAAACCAGUGAAUAUGUUGGUGUUGGUGCUCGUUUUGGACCUACCUUGGAGUCAAAGGAAAGACGUGCUAACCACACAAGAGUCAUUCUGGCAGAUCCUCCUGAUUAUUGCAGUCCGCCAAAGAAGAAUCUUUCAGGGGAGAUUGUCCUGGUACAUCGAGGAAACUGCAGUUUCACAACAAAGGCAAAUAUAGCUGAAACUGCUAAUGCUUCAGCCGUCCUAAUUAUAAACUAUGAAACAGAACUUUUCAAGAUGGUUUGUGAAGAUAAAGAAACUGAUUUAAAUAUCAGCAUACCUGCUGUAAUGCUCCCUCAGGAUGCUGGUACGAUAUUGGAAGAUGAUCUUAAGAAUAACUUUAGAGUGUCUGUGCAGCUAUACUCUCCACUGCGUCCGCUAGUUGACAUUGCUGAAGUAUUUUUAUGGCUUAUGGCUGUUGGUACCAUCUUAUGUGCGUCUUAUUGGUCUGCAUGGACAACAAGAGAAGCUGCCCUUGAGCAGGACAAACUAUUAAAGGAUGCUUCAGAGGAAACACUAAACGCAGAAGGUUCAGAGUCUUCUGGUUAUGUGGACAUUAAUACCACUGCAGCAGUUCUCUUUGUUGUGAUUGCUUCUUGUUUCUUGGUGAUGCUGUACAAACUUAUGUCAUCCUGGUUUUUGGAGGUUCUGGUGGUCCUGUUUUGCAUUGGCGGAGUAGAGGGCCUGCAAACUUGUUUGGUCGCUUUGCUGUCAUGUUUCAGAUGGUUUAAACAUGCCAGAGAAUCAUAUGUUAAAGUGCCAAUCCUUGGAGCUGUUUCGUAUCUGACACUAGCUGUUUCUCCCUUCUGCAUUGUACUUGCUGCUAUUUGGGCAGCUAAUCGGCGUGUCUCUUUUGCUUGGAUUGGUCAAGAUAUCUUAGGUAUUGCGCUGAUAAUUACAGUUCUUCAGAUUGUCCGCAUACCAAAUCUAAAGGUUGGAACAGUUCUUCUCAGUUGUGCGUUCAUGUAUGACAUCUUCUGGGUAUUCGUUUCGAAGUGGUGGUUCCAUGAGAGCGUGAUGAUAGUGGUAGCUCGUGGUGAUAAGAGUGGAGAGGAUGGUAUCCCGAUGCUACUAAAAAUCCCGCGGAUGUUUGAUCCUUGGGGUGGCUACAGUAUCAUUGGAUUUGGCGACAUUAUUCUGCCCGGAUUGGUAGUGGCAUUUUCACUGAGGUUUGACUGGUUGGCUAACAAGAAGCUUCGAGCCGGUUACUUUGUAUGGGCAAUGAGUGCUUAUGGAUUAGGUCUCCUCAUCACAUAUGUGGCUUUGAACUUGAUGGAUGGGCAUGGUCAACCAGCUUUGCUGUAUAUAGUUCCAUUUACACUAGGUCCCUUUUUGACUCUGGGAAAGAAGAGAGGCGAUCUUAAAAUUCUGUGGAUAAGAGGAGAACCGGAAAGGCCAUGUCCGCACGUCAAAGUUGAGCCGUAUGAAGAAGAAAGGCCCCAGGAAUAAUUGAAUAAAGUUUCACUGUAAUUGUAUUUGACAGUUUUUUAAGUUAAUAAUAUACACAAGGAACUCAGAAACUCUUUUAACAUUUAAUUAUAAUAGUUGUAGGAGAGCUGCUUAAGAGCAUGUAACAAUUGCAGCAGUGUUAGUACGGCAUUUUUAUAGAUCAAACUCAUAAAGAGCAGUAAUAUUAGUUCUAGAUCAGUUGUAAUUGGACAAGGACUUUAAUAUUCAGUUCUGUGUAGACCUCACAACUUUCUAUGUAAUUUAUAGGGGGAGUUUAUUUCUUCAAAGAAGUUCAAGCCCUGCCUUCUUUAGAAAGGGAAAGACCAGCCUCCGGAAAAUAAUUAUAAUCAGGAAGGAAAUUGUCUGAGUUUUACAAGAACCCUGGAGUUAUAUCACUGUAUGUACUUGUGAUGUGGUUAAUAUGUUUGAAGACUAUCAAGAACAAGACAAUAUUAUUAA